AUGGGGGACAGCUCCUCUUUAAGGGGAGCGGAGUUGAAGGGCAGAGAUCUGCGACUCGCAGCUGCAUGGUCAGGACAAAGAAUCUUUGUUUCUGUAACAUGGACACCAUUAGAAGAAGGAAAAGUCCGAGAACUGGUAACUUUUGUUAUUAAUGACAUUGUAAAGCAUCAAGCUGUGCUCCUGGGUGUGGCUGAGCAGCCUCCAAGGAAAAAGAAGAGUCUUUGGGAUACUAUAAAAAAGAAAAACUCGUCAGAACCAUCUGUUUCAAUAAAAGUUAAAAAAACUAAUUUGACAGUUAAAAAUGUUAAUAAAACCUUUCAAGUUUCCCAGAAGGUGGAUAGAAUUAGAAGCCCACUUCAGCCAUGUGAAAAUCAGAACACAGUGCAAAAUAGUAUGUCCCCAGGAAAUGACUCUCUUCUUGGAUCAGAAAAUAAAUUGCUUUUAUCUCCUAUUGCACCAGUGCUAGAGGAACAUUGCAAUACUGUUUGCACACCACUUGCAAUGAGAAGAUCUACAACGUUCUCAGAUAUUGCUGCCACUGUAAAUCAGGAGUUACUGCUUGAAAUAGACAGCUGUAAUGUCAAGAAAUUUGUUGAUGAGCACAAUGAAUUAAAAUCUGAAACUGCAUGCAGUUCUACUGGAGUAGCACAACUGCCAAUUUCACACAAUGAAGUAAUUCUUAAUUGUACACUCUCACCAGUUUGCACUCCAGAACACUCAGCGUCUGUGCCUGUUUUAAGUACGAGGAGGAUUUUAAGUCCAGAUUCUUUUGUAAAUGACAGUUAUCAAGUGGAAAUAGAUACUAUAGAGCAGCCUGUUCCAAUUCUGUCACCUGAUCAAUUUGUGAAAGACAGCUUGUCAGAUAGGCAAAGGACUCCCAAACUUGAGGCAGCUUUAAUAUCAUCUGCUACAGAGACUUACGUUGUGAAGAAAUUGCUACCCUCAAAAUGGAAAAGAAAUGGAGACAUAGAGACAAAACCACAUGUUCAUAUGGAACGUAAGUUAAAUGAAGUCUUAGAGGUGCAUAAUGUAGACUCACAGGUACUUCAUUAUGACAAACCCAAAGAAAAUCACUUCAGUUUUCCUUCUACAGAGGAACUUCAGACUUGCAAUUCUUCUCGGAGAGAUCAACCAAAAAAGGGUCCAGUUCGUCCAGUUUGUUCUGCCACUGUCAUCAAAAAUAAGCCUGAAGCUGCUGAAGAAAAAAGAAUGGAAAUCCUCCAGCCAAAAUCUAAAAAAUGCCUUAAUAAAGCAAUAAUGGAUUGUGCUAAUGUGGUGCCUGUAUGUGCAAAAGCAGAAAUAUCUAAGUACCUUCCAGUUAUAGGUCCCAUUUCAGCCGAAAAUAAGUGUCACAAUGACAAAGUAAAUUCAUCUCCUACUGGAUCAACUUGUUUGGGUCGUAAGAGGAAAAGUGAAAUAUAUGUAGAAAAUAGUAGAGUUAUAGCUCCAGCGUAUGUGGAGGAAGUGGAAAGAAAAAGAACUCUUACGUCUAGUGUGGAUGAUAAAACGUGUACUACUAUGAGACCAUCAGCCUUCAAACCUGCAAACCGACAAAGAGUAGGGCAGAGAAAGAAAGCUG